GGGAGGUGCUGUUACAGCAGGACUUGUAACUAUUAUUACAUUCCUACAACCUGAUUGCAGAUGUCACGCCAAAGCAAAAGGGCGGAGCGGCCGCAGAGUUCGCGAGAUCAGCGCCUUCUCGCUUCUAUACAAAGCACACUUCAAGGCGGAUCCCCAACACAGACACAACACUCACGACGAGAAAGAUCAAGAAAGGCAGCUGAACCGGUCGAGGAACUGAACGAUUUGGACAGUAUCAUCACGCAGAUAACCGAUCUCAAGAUUCGGGCAGACCGAUCAGCUAUCCAAAUAAAAAGGAACAUAUCGGCUUGUGGCUUUCUGGCUCGGAUGAAUGAAGAUGAAUGGACGGAGAUGUGCAAAAGCCUUAUCACUGCUGCUUUGACAGAUGGGGAGACGGAUUUUGUGGUCGAUUUAUUCAUAUCGCUCUUAGAGUACGACCUUUUCUGCGAAGUGAUGUGUACUGAACUCAUGACUCUAUGUUCGGCAUUUGUAAUGGAUGGUCCAAGUGGGAUCGGCAACAUUCCGUCUUUUCUUGGCGCCAUACUUUGUGCUAAUUGGCCGCGACACAUCUCUAAAGCCAUAGACACAAUAAAUCCAAUCCUAUACACCACUGUCUCCGUUAUUAAAGGCUGGCUUCUUGUUUUGGAGGAGGACAAUGAGGCUGUCGCAAAACUGGCGAACUUGAGCGUAGCCAGCGAUGAUAAUGCUGAAGAAAACGGGACAUCGGUCAGUACAUCAGAAAGGGAGGAUCCUGAGAUCGUGAACAGGUGUGCACAUUCGAUUUGCCUGCUGUGUGAAUCGGCGCAGAGGUCUUUGUGGAUGAAGUGGCCAGAGCUAUGCGAUGAAAUUUACUGCGUGAUUAAGCCAUGCAUCACUCACAACCAGAUUAUUACGGGAGAAGUCAAAUCUGGCCUCUUACAUACUUUGAUGUCGUUGAAUGCGUGGACUAGAACGAAAGCAGUCACGAUGAAGAAUUCACAAACGCAGACUGUUCAGAAUAUCUAGCGAAUGCGACUUUAGUUAAAUAACCUCAUUACUUCAAAUUUUAGUUGUCAGGAUCUAAUAAGCUACUUAGAGUUGAAUGCAUGGUUUUAGAAAUUCUAGUCUUUUGUGCCAUAACAGUCUCGCUAGGCUCAUCGCCGUUUUAGCAGUUCUCCAUUUAUCUUGCUCAGCCACUCUGGUUUUUGUUAAUGGUCUCGUUCCUAACUCUAACAUUCGUUGAAUAUCAUUUGCUUAGCGAGUACCUCUAGAGGCCACUAUGGUCAUUACUAGCAAUAACCUUGCCUACCUAUAUAGCUUGAAGUUAUUAUUUCUCAUAUCACAGGUUGUACAUAUAUUGUGAGCUAUUUCGAUUUCAUUUUGUGCUUACACACUGUUAGGAAUGUUCAUUCUCUGAUGCUAGGCGUGAAUCUACCUGUGAUUUUGCUUGUAUCGUGUUGUUUUUAUUGCUUGUACGUGUUCUCCGCGGUUGUCCCUGGAUUUCUAAUCAUCGAUCUGAUCUAGCACUCCCUUGUUUGUCCUUAGGGCAUGGUACUUAUCUAUCUGUUCGCUGUAUAUGAAAGUACCUCUUUCAGAUUGUUUGGCUAUGUAUCUUGAGUCUCGGGAUAAAGUUGACUAG